CGUGACGAAAGCUUGGCGAUGCAAUUCUGAACCCUGGCCAGUAGGUCUGCAAUGCCAAACAUGUGCAGUUGCAAUGAGAAAAUUACCAGCCAUUCAUCAUUGACCUAUCAAUCAGUAAAAUGGGUACAGAGGACCUCUGACCUUCCCCGUUGGGCAAGUUAUCCGAUUCCAGAAUUUGUUGGUCGUUGGUUUACCCAUCAACCACAUCUCCCUGUACCGCCUUCGGCGAUCGGCCAACAGCCAUCAGUUCUUCCCCGCAUCGUUAAACGCCCGGCCAUCUCAUCUACAUAAAUGAUUGCCCGCAGUUUUGAAGGAAGUAUUUAGCUUUCUCAUCACUUAGUUAUCCGAACACAGAUUUACAACCCCAUCACCUCCGGAGCUUUUAGGUCAUGCUCUUCACCGAUCCAGUCGUAGUGUCCUGGGCACUUGUGACCACGUGCGUACUUGGUUUCUUGCGGCUGUAUUCUUUGUGGCUGAGCAACCCUCUCAAGCAUAUCCCAGGACCAUGGUACACCCGCAUCACCCAUUACAAGCUGAAAUGGCAAACCACGAUCGGUCGACGAAUGUAUUACGUUCACUCUCUUCAUAAAAAGUAUGGCGCUGUUGUACGAAUCUCGCCAUAUCAGGUCGCAAUCUCAGAUCCCGACGGCUUCGUAGCGAUCCACCGCAUCGGUUCUGGCUUUCUGAAGUCACCAUGGUAUGAAGAGUUCGUCGGAGAUUCAGGCAUUGGUAUUGGUGUCUUUGCCACUGUAGACCCAGUGAAGCACAGCGUCAUGCGUAGGCUUUUCUCUCGCGCAUUCUCUACCACCAGUCUUCGUCAGAACUGCGAGGAUGUUGUGAGGGAGAAGGUUGCAAAGGCGAUUCAGAGGAUCAAGGGCGAGGUCACCCACGGAUCCUGCGAUAUACUCCAUUGGUUGAUUCUUAUGACUUCGGAUGUGAUUGGGCAAUUAGCCUUUGGUGAAUCCUUCGAGCUACUAGAAUCUGGCAAGAAAAACGAGUACAUCGAUACAUUUCAAUUGGUCGGGAUUGGGAGUUUUCUGAAGUACGAGCUUCCGUGGCUGCAUGCGCUGUCUCAUUACAUCCCACUCAAGUCGCUUCGACGAAUGCUCAACGCAGGUAACUCGAUCCAUGAAUAUGGCGGUCGAGCUGUCGAAAACUUGAAGAGACAUCGCGACAAUAAGUCAAACCUCUUCGCAACCGCUUUAGCAGAGUGCGAUGCAGGAGAUAAAGCCGAACUCACGGAAAACUACAUCCAAAUCGAGGCGUCUAAUCUGAUCUUUGCCGGCGCAGAUACGACGGCGGGUACUC